AUGGCGACGAAUGGAGUGCCCAUCUCCUCGCAGCAAUGCGAGGUCAUGUGUGGCCCCUUACUCAACUAUCGCCACAUGACCGGCGAAUACACCUCCUCUCCCAUCUGGCACGGCAGCGUGCUCAUCGUCACCUCUCCCGGACAACAUCCACAACCUCUCUCCCUUCGCUCCGCCAGCUCCGCCACUAGCCCAUCCGACUCGCACUCGUUUCAACCCGAAAGACUAUACGAAGACUCGCGCAAGGCCUUCUUCCGCUACGCCAUCGAUGUCCCUUUCUUAGAUCACGAGUCGGAGUGGGAGUACAACAUCUCAAACAUGGUGCCCGCUCCGGCAGAACACAGUCACAUCAACCCCAACAAGACUUGUCGCUUCUGGAUCCCCUCCAAACAUGAGAGCAUGCGCAUCAUGUUCCACUCCUGCAACGGCUUUUCCGUCGGUACAGACAUGAACACAUGGAAAGGGCCGUCGCUGUGGAAGGAUGUGAUGCGCGUGCAUACCGAACAACCCUUCCACGUCAUGAUUGGCGGUGGUGAUCAGAUCUACAACGAUGGCAUCCGUACCGAAGGCCCUCUCAAGGAGUGGACCGACAUCAAGAACCCUCACAAGCGGCGUGACUAUCCCUUUGGCGAAGACCUGCGCGUGAAGUGCGACAUCUACUACUUUGAGAAUUACGUUAAAUGGUACUCCACCGAUGCCUUUGCCGUCGCCAACGCACAGAUUCCCCAACUCAACAUCUGGGACGACCACGACAUCAUCGACGGCUUCGGCUCAUACACCGACCACUUUAUGAAGUGUCCCGUCUUCCGCGGCAUUGGCGGCGUCGCUCACAAAUACUACAUGCUAUUCCAGCAGCAUCUUGCUCCCCCGAUCUCCUCUUUUACCACAUCCAUCAGCCAUCACUCUAGAAUGAGGGAGAAGCUCUCGCGUCACCAUUCCCGACAAGCCGACACUCCCGCCCCGGCCGUCCAGACGCAGGAAGCGUUCGUGCUGCAAGAGCAAUCCGAAGGGCCAUCUUACGUCCUCGGCAAGCGACCCGGCCCGUACGUUGAAGAGUGCAGUCGAAACAUGUACUGCCAGCUCGGCAAGCACAUUGCUUUUGCCGGCAUCGACGCUCGCACCGAGCGCACCCGCCAUCAAGUCAACUACCCCGACACCUACGACCUUUUCUUCAACCGUAUCUCUUCCGCCCUUCAGGCCUCUAACGGUGAGAUCAAACACCUUAUUCUCCUCCUUGGUGUUCCCAUCGCAUACCCUCGCCUGCAAUGGCUCGAGAAUAUCCUGCAAUCACCCAUGAUUGGGCCAAUCAAAUUCCUCAAUAAGCGCUUUGGAAUCGCCAGCGGCUUUUUCAACAGCUUCGACGGCUCUGUAGACUUGGUAGACGAUCUCGAUGACCACUACACCGCCCACCAGCACAAAAAAGAGCGCAAAGACCUCGUCCUCCGCAUCCAACAGCUCGCCAAAUCCCGCUCCGUGCGCGUCACCAUCCUAGGCGGCGACGUCCACCUCGCCGCCCUCGGCCGCUUCUACAGCAAUCCCGACCUGCACAUCCCCGUGGAGAAGGACUUUCGCUUCACCGCCAACAUCGUCUCGAGCGCUAUUACUAACAAGCCGCCCCCGGCAGCGGUGGCAAACUUGCUCGCGCGCCGGAACAAGAUCCACCAUCUAGACGACGAGACGGACGAGACGCUACUGGAGCUCUUCGACAAGCAGCCCGGCGAAGGCGAAGGCGUAAAACCGAAAUCCGCACCAAACAAUCACGCCACCAUGCCCUCGCGCAACUACGCCAUCAUCGCAGAAUCACACUCCCACUCUCCAUCUCCCGCCGCAACAGCAACAGCGGCACCAACCACCAACGGUCACCCGCUUACAAACGGCAACCACGCAGCAGCCGCCGCGCCCUUCGCGCCCGCAAGUAAUCCCCGCUCAGCGCUGCACAAAGGCGAAGAGGGCGCGGGCGCGAGCCAUGCUGCUGCGCAGGGCAUUCAGAAGACCGGGUUGGCGGGGCGGUUUGGGUUGGAUGUGGCGGUGCGCGUUGAGGUUGAUUCGGCGGAUACGGAAGGGCGGACGUGUGGGUAUGGGCUUUCGAUUCCGGCGUUGGAAUGUUAG